CGGGAGUUUCAGUUCUUCUUCUGCUCACUGUGGGACCUUGGGUGGUGGAGACGGGAGGUUCAGAGGGUUUGGGCAUGGGUACGGCAGCAGGAGCCUCCACAACCUUGGAGGGUUCAGGAAUGUCUAUACUGGUGGAGGCUACGGAGGAGAAGGAGUAAGAUAUGGGAGAUGCCUUGGAUUUGGUGGCUGGAGACAACCUGAGAGAGGCUUUGGUGGAAGAGGAUAUUUCAUGGGAGGUUUUCAAAGUGGUAAAACAAGGCUUGGUGGCACCUACAGAGAAGGUUCAGGCAGAGAGGUACUCGGAGGAGGCCUUGGCAUAGGGCAACAAGGGGCUGGACAGGGACUGGGACAGGCUGGAGUUCUCCGAGGCAUUGAGGAGGUCCAUGUCAACACCAACCUGCUGAGGCCAAUACAGCUCCAGGUGGACCCUGAGUUCCAGCAAGCGUGCUCAGAUGAGAAGGAGCAGAUCAAAGCUCUCAACAACAAAUUUGCAUCAUUCAUUGAGAAGGUUCAAUGUCUGGAGCGGCAGAAUCAGGCACUCUUGGCCAAGUGGGAACUUCUGCAGCAGCAAAGCUCUGGCCCCGAGGAGAGCAGGAACAUCAACAACUUCUUCCAGUCCUACAUCACCAACCUGCAGCGGCAGCUUGAGACCCUCCAGAGCCAGAAGGAGCAGCUGGAUCCCGAAGCCUACAACAUGCUCCAGCUUGUUGAGGAUUAUAAAAACAGAUUCGAGGAUGAGAUCAACAAACGCACGUCCAAGGAGGAGGAAUUUGUGGAGCUUAAAAAGGAACUGGAUAGUGCCUACAUGGGAAAAAUGGAGUUUGAUGUCCGAGUGGAUAUCCUGAGGCAGGAGUUGGAGUUCCUCCGGUGUUUAUAUGAAGCUGAGCUGUCCCAGCUGCAAACGGUUGUUGGGAACGUGGACGUUAUUCUGUCCGUGGACAACCACAGGGACCUGAACAUGGAUGGAAUCAUCGAGGAGGUCAGGCAGGAGUACGAGGGGAUGGCCCACAGGAGCACAGCUGAAGUGGAUGCCAUGUACCGGGGCAGGUACCAGGACCUGCAGAACAUGUGGGUGAAUCAACGAGAGCAGCUGAGGAACAGUCACCUGGAAAUCCAGGAACUUGCCAGGCAGAUCCAAAGACUCCAACCAGAAAUUGAAAUCGCAAGGAAAAGGAAUUCCAGCCUCCAGGACUCCAUUAAAGAUGCUGAGCACCGUGGGAGCUCAGCUGUCAGGGACGGCCAGGAAAAGCUAGAGGAGCUGGAAAAUGCCCUCCACCAGGCCAAGGAUGACCUUUCUCAGCUUGUCCAUGAUUACCAGGAGCUCCUGAAUGUGAAGCUGGGCCUGGACAUUGAGAUAGCCAUGUAUCGAUCGCUCCUGGAAGAGGAGGAGAACAGGAUCCAGGAAGGAUCACCAGCCACGAUCUGUAUCAUUGACUACAAUGCCAGAGCUUCUGGAGUCUCUGGAGGCAUAAAAAGUGUGAAGGGGAGAAUGAGUUCUGGUGGUACCAGUGGGAGCAGAAUGAAAGGGCCAGUCUCUGGAGGAGGAAAAGGUGGAAGCUCUGGAGGGGGUGGAUCCAGCUUAGCUCUGGUGGUGGUGGUUCCAUUUCUGGAGGAGGAAAAGGCUCAGGAUCUGGAGGAGGAAUCUCAGGUGGUGGAGGCUCCAUCUGUGGAGGAGGAGGAAGCUCUGGCAGUGGAGGCUCCAUGUCCAAGGGCAGCAGCAGCUCUGGAGGGUGGGGGUCCAGCUCCGGUGGUGGUGGUUCCAUUUCUGGAGGAGGAAAAGGUUCAGGAUCUGGAGGAGGAGGAAGCUCUGGCAGUGGAGGCUCCAUCUGUGGAGGAGGAGGAAGCUCUGGCAGUGGAGGCUCCAUGUCCAAGGGCAGCAGCAGCUCUGGAGGGUGGGGGUCCAGCUCUGGUGGUGAUGGUUCCAUUUCUGGAGGAGGAAAAGGCUCAGGAUCUGGAGGAGGAAUCUCAGGUGGUGGAGGCUCCAUCUGUGGAGGAGGAGGAAGCUCUGGCAGUGGAGGCUCCAUGUCCAAGGGCAGCAGCAGCUCUGGAGGGUGGGGGUCCAGCUCUGGUGGUGGUGGUUCCAUUUCUGGAGGAGGAAAAGGUUCAGGAUCUGGAGGAGGAAGCUCUGGCAGUGGAGGCUCCAUCUGUGGAGGAAGCUCUGGCAGUGGAGGCUCCAUGUCCAAGGGCAGCAGCAGCUCUGGAGGGUGGGGGUCCAGCUCCGGUGGUGGUGGUUCCAUUUCUGGAGGAGGAAAAGGUUCAGGAUCUGGAGGAGGAGGAAGCUCUGGCAGUGGAGGCUCCAUCUGUGGAGGAGGAGGAAGCUCUGGCAGUGGAGGCUCCAUGUCCAAGGGCAGCAGCAGCUCUGGAGGGAAAAGGUUCAGGAUCUGGAGGAGGAAGCUCUGGCAGUGGAGGCUCCAACUGUGGAGGAGGAGGAAGCUCUGGCAGUGGAGGCUCCAUGUCCAAGGGCAGCAGCAGCUCUGGAGGGUGGGGGUCCAGCUCUGGUGGUGGUGGUUCCAUUUCUGGAGGAGGAAAAGGCUCCAUCUGUGGAGGAGGAGGAAGCUCUGGCAGUGGAGGCUCCAUGUCCAAGGGCAGCAGCAGCUCUGGAGGGUGGGGGUCCAGCUCUGGUGGUGGUGGUUCCAUUUCUGGAGGAGGAAAAGGUUCAGGAUCUGGAGGAGGAGGAAGCUCUGGCAGUGGAGGCUCCAUCUGUGGAGGAGGAGGAAGCUCUGGCAGUGGAGGCUCCAUGUCCAAGGGCAGCAGCAGCUCUGGAGGGUGGGGGUCCAGCUCUGGUGGUGGUGGUUCCAUUUCUGGAGGAGGAAAAGGCUCAGGAUCUGGAGGAGGAAUCUCAGGUGGUGGAGGCUCCAUCUGUGGAGGAGGAGGAAGCUCUGGCAGUGGAGGCUCCAUGUCCAAGGGCAGCAGCAGCUCUGGAGGGUGGGGGUCCAGCUCUGGUGGUGGUGGUUCCAUUUCUGGAGGAGGAAAAGGUUCAGGAUCUGGAGGAGGAGGAAGCUCUGGCAGUGGAGGCUCCAUCUGUGGAGGAGGAGGAAGCUCUGGCAGUGGAGGCUCCAUGUCCAAGGGCAGCAGCAGCUCUGGAGGGUGGGGGUCCAGCUCCGGUGGUGGUGGUUCCAUUUCUGGAGGAGGAAAAGGUUCAGGAUCUGGAGGAGGAGGAAGCUCUGGCAGUGGAGGCUCCAUCUGUGGAGGAGGAGGAAGCUCUGGCAGUGGAGGCUCCAUCUGUGGAGGACAAGGAAGUUCAGGCAGUGGAGGCUCCAUGUCUGGAGGUGGCCAGACCACUGGAGGAUGGGGGUCCAGCUCUGGGAGGUGCAGCCCCCACAGUGGGGGGAUGAGCUCUGGAGGUGGGAGCAGCUGUGGCAGGAGAGGCUCCAUGUCUGGAGGUGGAGGACAAGGAAGCUCUGGCAGUGGAGGUUCCAUGUCUGGAGGUGGCCAGACCGCUGGAGGAUGGGGGUCCAGCUCUGGGAGGUGCAGCCCCCACAGUGGGGGGAUGAGCUCUGGAGGUGGGAGCAGCUGUGGCAGGAGAGGCUCCAUGUCUGGAGGUGGUGGACAGGGAAUCUCUGGUAGUGGAGGUUCCAUGUCUGGAGGCGGCCAGAGCUCCGGUGGUUACGGAUCAGGCUCUGGCAGUGGCCGAUGCAGACCCCACAGUGGGGGGAUGAGCUCUGGAGGUGGGAGCAGCUGUGGCAGGAGAGGCUCCAUGUCUGGAGGUGGUGGACAGGGAAGUUCAGGCAGUGGAGGCUCCAUGUCUGGAGGUGGUCAGACCGCUGGAGGAUGGGGGUCCAGCUCUGGGAGGUGCAGCCCCCACAGUGGGGGGAUGAGCUCUGGAGGUGGGAGCAGCUGUGGCAGGAGAGGCUCCAUGUCUGGAGGUGGAGGACAGGGAAGUUCAGGCAGUGCAGGCUCCAUGUCUGGAGGUGGUCCCAGCUCUGGUGGAUAUGGAUCAGGCUCUGGCAGUUGCAGCGCCCAUAGUGGGGGGAUGAGCUCUGGAAGUUGGAGCAGUUCUGGCAGGAGAGGCUCCAUCUCUGGAGGUGGAGGAAGCUCAGGUCAUGGAGGAUGCAGUUAUGGCAGUGGUGGGUCCAUCUGUGGGGGAGAAGGAGGCUCAGGGUAUGGAGGAGGAAGCUCUGGCAGGAGAGGCUCCAUGUCUGGAGGCAGUCACAGCUCUGGAGGGAGCAUCUCUGGAGGAGGAAUCAGCUCAGGGUAUGGAGGAAGCUCAGGUAGUGGAGGAUUGAGCUCUGGUGGGUGCAUUAGUGGUGGAGAAGGAGGCUCAGGGUAUGGAGGAAGCUCGGGCAGGAGAGGCUCCAUGUCUGGAGGUGGUCACAGCUCUGGAGGGCUGGGAUCGGGCUCUGGCAGUGGUGGGAGCAGUUCUGGAGGAGGAAUCAGCUCUGGGUAUGGAGGAAGCUCAGGCAGUGGGGGAUCGAGCUCUGGGUGUAUUGGUGGUGGAGAAGGGGGCUCAGGGUACGGAGGAGGGUCAGGGUAUGGAGGAAGCUCGGGUAGGAGAGGCUCCAUGUCUGGAGGUGGUCCCAGCUCUGGUGGAUAUGGAUCAGUCUCUGGCAGUUGCAGCCCCCACAGUGGGGGGAUGAGCUCUGGCAGCUGGAGUGGCUCAGGCAGGAGAGGCUCCAUGUCUGGAGAAGGAGGAAGCUCCGGUCAUGGAGGAUCCAGUUAUGGCAGCAGUGGGUGCAUUGGUGGAGGAGAAGGAGGUUCAGGGUACGGAGGGAGCUCAGGAUAUGGAGGUGGCUCUGGCCGGAGAGGCUCCAUGUCUGGUGGUGGUCACAGUUCUGGAGGGCUGGGAUCGGGCUCUGGCAGUGGUGGGAGCAGUUCUGGAGGAGGAAUCAGCUCUGGGUAUGGAGGAAGCUCAGGCAGUGGAGGAUUGAGCUCUGGUGGGUGCAUUGGUGGUGGAGAAGGGGGUUCAGGGUAUGGAGGAAGCUUGGGCAGGAGAGGCUCCAUGUCUGGAGGUGGUCCCAGCUCUGGUGGAUAUGGAUCAGGCUCUGGCAGUUGCAGCCCCCACAGUGGGGGGAUGAGCUCUGGAGGUUGGAGCAGUUCUGGCAGGAGAGGCUCCAUCUCUGGAGGUGGAGGAAGCUCAGGUCAUGGAGGAUGCAGUUAUGGCAGUGGUGGGUCCAUCUGUGGGGGAGAAGGAGGCUCAGGGUAUGGAGGAGGAAGCUCUGGCAGGAGAGGCUCCAUGUCCGGUGGUGGGGAAGGAGAAGGAAGUUCAGGCAGUGGUGGAUCCAGUUAUGGCAGUGGCGGCUGGAUUGGUGGUGGAGAAGGGGGCUCAGGGUACGGAGGAGGGUCAGGGUAUGGAGGAAGCUCAGGUAGGAGAGGCUCCAUGUCUGGAGGUGGUCCCAGCUCUGGUGGAUAUGGAUCAGUCUCUGGCAGUUGCAGCCCCCACAGUGGGGGGAUGAGCUCUGGCAGCUGGAGUGGCUCAGGCAGGAGAGGCUCCAUGUCUGGAGAAGGAGGAAGCUCUGGUCAUGGAGGAUCCAGUUAUGGCAGCAGUGGGUGCAUUGGUGGAGGAGAAGGAGGUUCAGGGUACGGAGGGAGCUCAGGAUAUGGAGGUGGCUCUGGCAGGAGAAGCUCCAUGUCUGGAGGUGGUCCCAGCUCUGGUGGACAUGGAUCAGGCUCUGGCAGUUGCAGCCCCCACAGUGGGGGGAUGAGCUCUGGAGGUUGGAGCAGUUCUGGCAGGAGAGGCUCCAUCUCUGGAGGUGGAGGAAGCUCAGGUCAUGGAGGAUGCAGUUAUGGCAGUGGUGGGUCCAUCUGUGGGGGAGAAGGAGGCUCAGGGUAUGGAGGAGGAAGCUCUGGCAGGAGAGGCUCCAUCUCUGGAGGUGGUCACAGCUCUGGAGGGCUGGGAUCGGGCUCUGGCAGUGGUGGGAGCAGUUCUGGAGGAGGAAUCAGCUCUGGGUAUGGAGGAAGCUCAGGCAGUGGGGGAUCGAGCUCUGGGUGUAUUGGUGGUGGAGAAGGGGGCUCAGGGUAG